AGUGAUCAGUCAGACGCUGGAAGCGGAGCUGUAUGUUGAAGAGGUUAGAUACAUCUCAGGCUGCGUAGUCAAGGUGUUCAAUUGCUUGCGGGAACUGUUCCUGUUUGGUCUUGCUUAUAUCAAAAGUGCAGUGAGAUAUAAGACAGAUGACAUCUCGAAUAAGAUGUGCUGUUCAUCUGAAAACUUUUUAUCAUUUCUCAAUGAUGGCUUCGUGAAGUCUUAAGAUCCAAGAUCCCAGGUAAGCCCCGCCACCAGAAUGCCUGGGCCGCGCACACAACACACCUGUAACAGGCCCAUGCUCAUCCCGAAGUAAUGUACAUAGGAUGAGGAUGACUUUAUAGCCACGAGGUCCAUAACUGACAUAGCAAUAUUUCCGUCCACUUGUUAAAACCUCGGUUAACCACGUCUACAAGCAACUAUGCAAGAUAUGGCAACAAUGCAGCAACAUUCCAUCACAUCUCCAGCUCCAGCCUCAACAAUACAAAAUGAAGACUCCGCCACGCACUCUAUAGCCAACACAAACUUCGAUGCUGAGAUUCAUCACGAAGCAUCUCAGACCGAUACCAAAAAUCACGAAGACUCUCGACGUACAACGAAGACAGCCAACGAAGUGGAAGAUGACCAUGAAUGCGAUACAACGAAUGAAAAAACGUGUAGCAAUAAGAAUCCUGAUAGCAAAAGCGACGGAAGCAACGAUAAUGACUGCUCGGCCUCCGACAACAUUACAGAUAGAGAUGAAUCUCGAGAGAACAGUCAGGUGAAUUCGGACUCCAGGACGCGGACAGGAAGCGACGACGAUCCAGACGCCGAGGACUGCAAUGCUGAGAGUGGAGACUCGGAGAUGAAGUUCCUGUGCCCGAUCUGCGACACGGUUCUUAGUUCACAGCACGACUUCACCCUUCACAUUCGCUCUCACAACAAUGAUGAUGUGAACCUUCCUGUUGAUUGUCUGAAGACCUUCACGUGCAAGAUCUGUCAUAAGGCACUGAGCUCCUCCAGCUCGUUGGACCGCCAUGUUCUCGUGCACUCGGGGGAACGGCCGUUCAAAUGUUUGAUUUGCGGAGUUGCCUUCACCACGAACGGCAACAUGCAUCGGCACAUGAGGACCCACAACGGCCAAGUUUCCAAGUCAGAGAACACUAACAACUAUGAGAGUGACGGUAGCACUGACAGUGGAGGUUCUUGCAACAGCAAGAGGAGUCCUCACUCUUCUCCUCAACCUGGCAAUAACAUUGCUAAAAAACGUAGAGUUGGCAACCAUACCCCGUCACCAACUGAAACAAAAUCCUCAGGUUCUUCAUCGCCAUUGUCAUACCAGUCACCGAAUGGCAGUGAAAAUGGGAAUAAACGGAAAUUGCCUGAACUUUUUCCUUCAGAUGCUACAGAAAGUGGUGAAUCUGCAAGCAGAAGAAGGAUUAAAGCCACACCAAGUAGCCAUCCAGAUACACCGGAAUGUUCACCAGAGCAAAGCCUUCAUUGUCCUGUUUGUAACAGAGAGGACUUUGUGUCACUGAACAUUCUAGAGACACACAUGGAAGAAACCCACCCGGAGUAUCAGAUCCGCUGCCAUGUUUGUGACCAGACGUUUAAGAACAACAGGGCACUUAACCUUCACCGCCACAUGGCUCAACAUGGCAAAGUCGGCAAAGGAUUGAAGAACAGUUCACAACAGCAGCAUAGUCCAACUGUGCUUGGUUUCAAUGACCUAACUUUUGUGGAUUUUUCAAGCAAAAAGUUUCCUCACAUUGCUGUUGCCGUCUGUGAGAAGAGUUUGCAUAAGCCAUCCAGUGCCAUCAAGUUUCAGUGCAACAAGUGUGGUCAUGCUUUCCCUUGUGCAAGCGCCUUAAACAUCCACCAGAGGGACAGUCGUGGUCAAUGCAAUGAAAACCAGGGGGAUCGCAUUUGUAACAUUGACACACCCACAGACCUCAGCAGCAACCGAAGGAGAGCUUCUGUAACUGGCAGAAGCUCUGAAUCAGAAGAAGAGAUCGAAGAACGCAAGCGUGAAGACUUCUUUGCUGUUCUGGAUUUGCAGAACAAAUCAGUUUCUUCAUCCCCGUCAGGAUCUGUUGAACACAACCAUCCCAGAAGGGAAGAUGUGUACAACAGCCCAUCGAAUGGGGAAAGAAACGAGACAGGGGACAGGAGCGGAGAGAGUGGGAAAGAUUUAGCGGACAUCCAGAGCAUUAUAUCUGUGACAGCUGCUGGGGGACUGAUCCAAGAUCUGUCUAAAUCACCCCCUCAGGCUAGCAUGAUAACUGCAGAUUGUGGGGUUAGAUUUGAUUCAGUAGCUGGUGAGGAAGAACAGCAAGACUGCUUUGCAGCUGAAUUUAGACGUAUGAAGUUGAAGGGAGAAUUUCCUUGUAGACUCUGUACAGCUGUAUUUCCAAAUCUUCGAGCUCUCAAGGGUCACAACCGAUCACAUAUCACAGGAAGUGUUGGAAUAUUUCGCUGUAACAUGUGUCCUUACACUAACUCUGACAAGGCAACUUUAGUCCGUCACAUGAGAACCCACAAUGGAGAUCGUCCCUAUGAAUGUGCUCUCUGUAACUAUGCCUUCACAACAAAAGCUAACUGUGAGAGACAUUUGAGAAACAGACAUUCCAAAUUAUCAAGAGAGGAUGUAAAGAAAUCCAUCAUUUAUCAUCCAUCUGAAGACCCAACUAAUGAUCCUGAUCUUCAAGCAAAAUUGCAGGCUCGGGAAGAUGUGAAAAGGUCUUUAGUUUUUAAUAAUCAGCACUCAUCUUCCCGGGAAGAUCUGAACACUUUGGAACGUUCCUUAAGUUAUCAGCAUCCCUUGGAUGAACGCAAAAGAUGUUAUUCCCCUGAUGAUAAGUUGAUGACAGUACAAAAAUAUGAAGAGAUCAAACAUGAAUCUACACGAACCCAGUCACCACACCAAAACACAGAGCAACAUCUGAUAAGUAUAAAACAGGCUCGUCCAUGGGAGAAGACCCAAGAAGCCGCAACGAUGACAAAUAGCGUGAGGGAUGGUGAAAAUGUGGAAGGUCAAGAGAUGAGUCAUGGUGGUGGUUUGGAUAAGGAAAGAGAACGCAAUGACAAAAUUUCAAGCAUUGAAGCCCUAGUCACUUUAACCAAAAAUAACAAUAAUACUUUUCCUAAGCUACCUACAGCUGAAAACCAAAGAUUUUCAAACAAAGAAACCACAGAAAUGACACCAGCACGACAUUCCAUAGGCUCCUUUCCAUCACCAGUAAGAGAUGUUGAUUCUCCCUUAGAUCUCAGUAUGGAUGCACUGGAUUUGAGUAAAAAAAGGGAUCCUUACAGAAAGAACUUCUCAGCAACUCCUACCAAAGAAACAGACAAUGCAGAACCUCAAGACUUAUCCAGAAAAACUCAUAGCAGUGCAUUCAGUAAUAAUAACAGAAGAUCUCCCUCCAUAAUUUUUGUACCCAAGUCUGAAAUAAGUCAUAAGAAUGACAGCACAGGCAGUCACCAGCAUGGCUCCAUAGCGCAGCAUAUGGCUACUUCUAGCAGGGGCACUGCCAUGUCACCUCAUGAAAACAGCCAAAGUCCCACCACUGUGCCAAAGCUGGAUAUGAACCCUGCAGCAUUCUUCGGAAAUCCACAGCUGAGCCACCUUUAUAUGAACAACAGUAACUUCCCGUUCCAUCAAGCACAGCCUCCAUUUACCUUACAUCCUUACUUCAUGUCACACACUCCCACACUGCUACAGAGUUCUAAUAUGGAGGAGUUUAGAUCACGUCUUCACAAGGAGUUGAUCAACAAUUUACAGCUCUCUGGUGGAACAAUUUUUGAUUCUAUGAUGGCUUCAACAGCUGAACGGCUUCAAGCAAUCCACAGCCAAACAUUUUCAGACUAUUCAAGAGGAAAACCUGAUGUGAAAAUGGGUUAUGGUGAUGUAAAAGUUGAGGAAACCAGACAGUCUCAAAUGAUAUCGACUAAGGAGUUUGACAAACCUGCCUCAGGCAGUGGCGUUAGUAAGACACCACCUAUUACAAAGGUGGCACCAAAGUCAGCUAGGGAACGGGACAACUCAUCUGUAAAGAUGGUAAUUAAGAAUGGAGUCCUCAUGCCUAAACAGAAGCAGAGAAGGUACAGAACAGAGCGCCCAUUUGCUUGUGAACAUUGCUCAGCACGUUUCACUCUCCGUUCAAACAUGGAACGUCACAUAAAACAGCAGCAUCCUCAGUACUGGACACAAAGACAGAGGAAUAAUGUGGGGACUUCUGGUCCUGGAAGGAGAAGUCACACAAUCCCCACCAGCCUGACAAUGAACCUCAGUGUCUCUAACCAUCAAGAUGUGCCACGGAAGAAUAUACAUUCAGACACUGACAGCCUCAGUACUGAGUCAAAGAAUAACAUAUUAACACGGCAGUUACCUACAGUCAUUAGUGUUCCAGAACCAUCAAACAAUUAUCAGAUCUCUAAUUUCGUUCAAGAUAAUUUCCAUCCUGACAGAGGAGAACAAGAUAUUCAACAUCAGGUAAUAGUACCAAAGAUAAAGGAUGAGAUUACCACUGAUACAACUUCAGUAGAAAUUGUCCACAAAACCAAAGAUAAUUGUAGUAUAAUAAUUAACAAUAAUAACAAUAACAAUAAUAAUUAUAGUAAGGCAUUUAUAUCGGAAGAAGUUAAACUCGCUAUAGCUCAACAAUUGAAAUCAAAAUUGAAUCACCCUGUUCCUACGAUAAGUGGGACUGACAUGACUGAUAGAAGUCUAGAAGAGGCUAAGAAAGAUGUAGAUGAGGAUAAUGAUGAAGAAAAUGAAUUAGUGAUUGAUGAGGAAAAAGAUGUUGAAGAAGAAGCUACAGAAAGAGGGCAAUCAAAAGAAGAAACCAAAGAUAAAUUCAGUGAGGGCAGCAGUAGGGUAGGAGUGAUGGGCAGUGCAAAGGAUGUUGAUCUUGCGAGUGUCUCACGACUUCUGGACAAUGCAACAACUCAUACUCAAGCAUUUCAGCGUUACUUUCGGGGUACACAGGAUGGUGAAGAUGCUCUGGAGGGGAGUGAGGAAGAUGAAGAAGGCCUUUUCACAGGCAGCAAUAGUGAAGGCAACAAUUCAGGCAGCGACGAAAACAAGUCAGAGUGUGAGGUGGGCAACAUCAACACCAACAACACUGGGGUUGAGAAGAAGAAAAGUGCAUAUUCACUAGCACCAAAUCGUGUGUCAUGUCCAUAUUGUACACGGACAUUCCCAUGGACUUCAUCCCUAAGGCGUCAUGUCUUAACACAUACGGGACAGAAACCUUACAAAUGUCCACAUUGCUCACUGCUCUUCACUACUAAGUCAAACUGUGAUCGCCAUUUGCUCCGCAAACAUGGAGGCCAAUCUGCAUCAUCAGCAUCUCAAGGUGGGGGUUCUUCAUCAAGCUCAGAGACUUCACCUGGCUCCAGUUCAGGGAACUACACAAUGAGGAAUGUUCCAGAGAGGCCAUACAAAUGCAAUUAUUGUCCCAGUUCAACAUUCUCAACACAGAGCAACCUCAAGAAGCAUGUGCAGACAAAGCACAACCCAGUCAGUCCUGGACCUGUGUCCCAACCGCUCAUAUCCAGGAGUGUAAUGUACCAGGAUGAGGGUUGCAAUAUCACUAGUACAGGCAACAGUCGGCCUGCAAGCCGGUAUGGAGGAGAUGAGAGUCACGGUAGUGGGAGUGAAGAUGCUGGUGAUGAUACAGGGACAGCUAAAUUGGAACAGCAGGAGCAUGAUGAACACAGUGUCCAUAACCUAUCAUCAGCACCUGCAGACUGCCAGAGGAGCCAUUUUCCAAGCAAUAAUGUUGCAGAGGGGACAGGAACAAAACCCUUCACAGCUGCACAACAUGCACCUGGAGUUGCUGAGCCUCAUGCAGGGGGUAUAAUGUCCUCAGCAGAUCUGCCCUUCAAGUGCCAUCUCUGUGAGGGUAGCUAUGCAGAGCGCCAGGAGGCUCUUGACCAUAUUCGUGAGAGCCACCCUUCAGAAUUUGAGCUCCUGAUGUCAAAGGGAGCUCUUGACUCCAGCUCCAGCACUGGAAUUGAGGACAAUAACAAUGUCAGUAGCAAUAUGACACAGCACCCUGAUGAUGGCAAUGCAGGAGGGGAAGAGAGUCUGGAACAUCUACGUGGCAAGUUCCCUGACUAUGCCAACAGAAAGGUGAUGUGUGCAUUCUGCAUGCGGCGCUUCUGGUCUGCUGAAGACUUGCGGCGUCACAUGCGAACCCACACAGGAGAACGUCCGUUCUCAUGUGAUAUAUGUCGGCGCCGCUUCACGCUCAAACACAGCAUGUUACGACAUCGAAAGAAGCACAGUGCCACCAGCACCCUCUACAGCUCUUCAACAACUUCCACGGAAGAUGUCUCUGUGGUCAGUGGAGAUGAAGACCAUCCUAGCAGUGGUGGCACACUCCACAACAUGCUGCAUCAUCAUACCAAGAAGCACCAUUCAGGAGGAGAAGAUGUGACUGGCGUUAGUGGAGAUGAAGAAGUCGGCACUUCCUUAUCAGGAUCUAUUGAUGGGAAGCCCCUUAAGAUGAAAAACCACAAUAACAACAACAUAACCACCGCUUCUGCAGCUAAGGGCAUUAACCAUUGGGAUAAUGAUUCUGAAACUUUUACAGCUUCUGCUGCAGCAAAGAUUCUAAGCUCAAAGUUUUCACUCUGUACAUCAGGAUCUGGAGACAGGAGGGAUGAGACAGAUGAUGAUAAUACAGACCUGAUUGGAAACCUGCUUGGAAUUCAGGGAUCAAUAAUUGAUAAGGUUCUUCAAUCAAAAUUAGCUGCUGAUGAAGCUGCCAGACUGCUUGGAGUCCAGAAUGGAGCAAAUCAAGAAUGAAAGGCUGUAAUUUAUUGAAACAAAAGGGUUUUGGUUUGUUUUCAUUGAUGUCUUUCGUUUAUUUGUUUUUAUGAGGCAUAUGCACCCUAGUCAAAAAUGAGCCUUUGUUAGAAUCACAUCAGAAGUGUUGUUUGGUUUAGUCUCUGUAUAUAUGCAAAGUCUCCAGUGACUUCAAUACAUCAGUUACUGAUGCUGCUUGGAUCCCAGACUUGGAUUCAUUGAGGCCUUAAGUAUGUUGCCUCAAAACAUGGUGGCCUUGAUUAUUAAUGGCCUUAUCAGAAAGACAAAAUGCAAGGAAGAUCAUCUUUAUAUGAUUAUAUGAAACUUUUGAUAUUGAAUAGCUACGUUCUGGAGUUAUGAAAAAUUGUAUGCUUGGAAAUACUAUUUAUAGGAAGGAAAGAGAGGGUGAAGUGCACAGUGAAUGCAUUUUAUUUUGUUUUGCACAGUUAAUGGUUGUGUUGCUACUUAUAUUGCAUUCCAUAGCUAUAAUGCCAUUGUACUAAAGAUCAAAGAUUAUUUUUAGUGAUUGUAAUUUAUUUUUUUCAGUAUUUUUAAAUUGUUGGGUUUUGAGCUGAAUACUUAUUUAUAUGUAAUUCUUGAAGUUUAGUGUGUUUUGUCUAUUAUUUGCAGAUAAUGGAACUUGCUUUAUUUUACAAAGACUGGUUUCAGCAUAUGGGCUGAUCAAAGAGUCAUCAGUUUUCCAAUUUGUAUGUAAAAAUAUGUCCGAAUGUUUUUUUUUUCAUGGCAAUAUUAAAUGUUUCUUUUGUCUUUGGAUCUUUUUACUUGAUGUUUUGAAUACCCUGUAUGCUGCAAGGACAUGAUAAGGAGCACAGUACAUCCAGUACAGUGGUUCCCAAACUCAUGCAGAGUGAGCAAAAUUGAGGGGAUUUAUUUCAAUAAAUGUGUAAUAACAAGAUUAUUGUAUUCUUAUUCUUUGAGAAACAUUUUAAAAUUGUGCUGAGUAAAGUGGUGAAAUGGACACCUAAGAAAGACAUGCCUGAACAAUAGAAAUAUGGUUUCAUACAGAAGUUUGUAUAUCCUGAUUUUACAACGAAAAGAUAUGUGUAAUUGUGAAGUUUGAGAACCACAUCUGUGACUGUUGGUCUCAUAUUUUUGCACAUUAUCACAUUACUUAUAAAGGCUGUAUAGCUUCAAAUUGUAUCACACUGACCAUACCAUACUGAUUCAACUGCAUAAGUCUUAGCAAAGAGCGUUUUAGGAGUCUAUUUCUAUUGAAACUUAAUCUUAAAUCAAGAAGUGACUGUUAUGUCUCUAAUUUGCCUUAUAUUUCAAUUACAAUAUAUUCUUGUGGACCUUAAAUAUGGUGACAUAAAAUCUAUAUAGACUCGUGUUCUUUUCAGAAAAGCAUGUUUCUUCAAAAUUAGUACUGAAUACCUUCAAAAGUAUUUGUCUCCGAUUCACGUAAGAUAGAAAAGUUUAAAAUAUGAGCACAUAAAAUUCAAUAGUGUAAUUCAGCAGAAACAUAUGCUUUCUUUUGAUGGGAAAGUAACAGCCCUGUUGGAACGUACAGUGUUCCAGUAGGAUAAAGAGUCCUCUCUCUUGGGAUAUAAUGUAGUAUGCCCCAGUAGAAGUUCACUGACAUUUCAGGGAAAAGUAGUGGUGCCUUUUCAGGGUCAAAGAGUAAGUCAAGUAAGUACCAAACAACUUUCUUUGCUGGUUGUCCAUGGAUUACUCUUCCACCCUGAAGAUGGAGGUGGUACAGUCCUCUAAAAUGUUAGUGAAGUUCAACCCAACUAUGCAGUAUCAUGGCCCAGAAUGUUAUACUCUUCAUAGUCAUCAUAAAUCCAACAUCUCAGUAAUGUGUAUGCACAUUUUAAUAAAAAAAUACAUGUUAGUUACAUAAUUCACAGAAGGAUGGUUUCUGGUGUGUGCAGAAGCAGUUGUAUGUGAAAGACUGUUAAAUAUCACAGGUGGCUGUCAUUAAUGCCUGAGCAUGGUUGAGGACUAUGAAAGAUUGAGCGACAAACUUGCUGUGUCAUGGUUCAGACACUCAGCCAUAGGUUUCUCACUGCAGAGGCCUGAGUUCAAUCCCUGGAUACACCAUGUGAGAUUUGUGAUGGAAAAUUUAAUGCUGGAGCAAAUUUUCUGUAAGUGUUUGGCUACCCCGGCAGUUACCAUUCAACCAGCAAUAAAUAUUAUCUCUAAUCCAGAGAUGAUACAGUAGACCAAUUUGAGGCAGCGUUACCAGGGAGACAUGUCUCCAUGGAGGGUGGGGAUGUCAGCUGCAAGCCAAACAUCUGCUCAUAACCCCUCAAAUUAUUAGAAAAUAUAUGCCAAAUAUAAAUUUAAAAUAUUAACACUUUCCAAGCUGUUCUUAUUUCAAGAGAUAUUAAGUAUGAAUGAAUAUUAGCAUGAUAAUGCUCGAUUUCUGCUAUUGACAAACCAUGGAUUCUUAAUUGCAACUGGUCUUGAACUCCAUAUAAAUUCAUGGGUCAGUAUUAAGCUAUGUUUUAUGUGUGUAGCAUGGAAAGUGUUAAAAAUAUUGUAAGCAAAUUUUCUUGCUGUCUCCCUUUGAAAAGAAUCCUUUUACCACCUGUCUGUCUUAUUUCGCUCCUAAAAACAGCUUCUGAUGAGGUUGGUACGCAUGAUUACCCAGGUUCAUGGAACACACCUGACAUUUUGGAAUACAGUUCAUACUGCAGGCAAUCCAAAUGCAAGUGUUUACAGUAGUUCCUCUUUGUGCUCUCCACAAAUCUGGGAAAUUAACACUGCAAUAUCAAUGUGAAUCAUUUUCUUGUAUCUAAAAAAUGACAGGCACAGUUGAUAACUAGCAUGUUGAGGUACUUGGUACCAGUAGCUCUCAUGUCAAAGAGAAGUUGUCUCAUAAUACCCCUGCCUAGUGCAUUACACCAGACUGCAAUCUGAUUACAGAUUUGAGUCUUGUGAAGGCUUUAUAAAAAUGUUUACCAGGAUGGACACUUCAUAGACACAACUGAUUUGAUGGUGCAGUGUACUACCAGGGCAGUAGUGUGUCUAUGAAGUGUCCAUCCUGGUAAACAUUUUUAGAAAGCCUUCACAGGACUCAAUUCUGUGAUCAGAUUCACUUUCAGUUAGAAUCUAUCCAUAUAAAUUUUGGUGUACAUUUGCCCUGAAUGUCAGCCUAAUGAUUACACUGCAUUAGGUACCUUUGGUGUGACUGCACAGAGUGUUAUAACACCAUUUGUUUAUAAGUUGAGAAUGUAAUAUAUUCUUGAAAUCGGUAAUUGUGUCAGUUGCUGAUCCAUUCCUCCACCAUCUCUCCAUUUCACGCACAUUCUGAGAUUUGCACUGCGAUGUCAAAAUUAAUUUCUGUUGUUGGAACGCCAAAAAAACCUCUAUUUUAUGUUAUGCAGAGACUCGGGGGUGAAGCACGGAAGUUGUUCAUUAUAACUAAUGCCAUCUGUUAGUUGCAUGCCUCACUACUUGAGGUUGCAUUAAUCUUGGGCCCAUUAUCAAUACAUGGAACUAUGUUUCUUUUAAUAUGUAUGUAUAUAUUUUAGGUAAUCGGAAUUCUGACUGCUUUUAAUAGAGAGUGAAGGAAGGACUGAGUAAUUGUGUUUAUUAAUGUUAUUUAUUGAUACUGAGUGUGUCUAUUGUGGUUAUUUAUGCUGGUGACUUAUGUUAGCAAUGCAGUAUUUCAACACCGAGGUGUACGAUGGUAGCAGUCACUUCAUUUUUCAAUAUUUGAUAUGUCUAAAUUCAAACUGUCAUAUGAAUAUUGACUAAUGCACAGCCAACUAAGAUACUUUUAUUCAAUAACAAUGAAAGGGUUAAGAGAAUUAGAAGUGAUUUCUUUAAAAUGCUCAUAAUUGAAUGGAUUUGACUACAUCAAAAAUAUAUGCGAAUAUAAUGAGGUCUGUUUGAUGUUUGCUAUCAUAACAGAUAGUGCCAGGGCUUUUAAAAUUUUGGAGCUUGAAAUGCAUCUAAAUAAUAUUUAAAAAAAAAUGAGUUUUCUACCAUACAGAAGCACAGUGUGUCUCAUCACAAAGAUCAUUUGGUUAAGGCUGUUGAGUGAAAUCAUUGCUGUUUAUUCCGAGAACCAUACAAAACACAUAUGUACCCUCUGUGGACGGAGUUUCUGAAUAUAUAAGUUCUCAUCACUGUUAUUUAAAAGGUUAAAAUAACAUAUUUGGCCUGAGGGCCGAGGCAGUGGGGACUUAAUUUCAUAGAAAAUGCAUGCUUGCCCUAUGAUGACAAUAACUUCUUUAUAUUUUGUGGGCAAGUCCUGUAACAUCUGCACAAUAUUAUUUAGUAUACGUUACCUUCAUAAUUGGCUGUAUGAUACACUCAGUUGUAUCCCUGGUUGCGGAUUGUGGCCAAAAUCUGAAAGUGAAAUCUUCUCUCUCCCGCCUUCCCCUUAAUUUUAAACGUUUUUCCAUUCAAAAUCGGCCAUUAACAUCACUGCAACUGUUAUUUAUUGUUAUUAAUAAUUAGAGUAUCAAAUAUUGCAUAAUCACCCAUAUAUAUAAAUAUAAAGAAAUUCAUCAAUUAAAAUCAGAUUACUGUAAACGUGACAGCAUUCUGUAUUUGUAGAUCUUCAGGAGUCAUCGAUUCAGUGUAUUAAGACAUAAAUCAGUGGCAUCUUUUCAAUCCUGAAGCUGGAGACAGCAGGUUCCUCUGAAAUAUUGGUACCUCUCUACCAGAGUACAUAGAAUCACAGCUCAUCUUUAGUCAAUGCAGUGGGAACUUCAGAACUUAAACUUUUGUUGCUAUGACAUCAGAUCUGUAGCUACUAGACUCCAUGGUCUUCAUCUCAAGUAGUAACUGCAUAUUCUUGACACAGCCUCAGAUUCAGUACAUGGUAGCAGAAUUUCAUACUUGUUUGAAAUGAAUAGACAAUUUCAGAGUAGGCAUGUGAGAACUUUACAGUCUAUGUAAGACAGUUCUAUAAUAUGAAGAGUACUAUCUUUUUGGAAGUGAUGAUGUACAGUCUGGCAGAAGCUCUCCAUGUUUCAGGGGAAAGUACUGCCUCCAUCUUAAAUAUAUGCAAGUUGUUGCUUCUUGCUAACUUCUCACUUAGCACAUCUUUGACCUUGAAGAUGGAGACACUAGAAAACAACUGGACUUUUAUAAGAGCAUGUGCCAUCACAUCUUAGAAUAUAACAAUACUCUUCACAGUUACCACUGCAAACCCAAAAUGCUACAUAGUUGAAAAAUAGUUCCAUGAAGACAGCACAAAAAUAAUCUGACAGAAGUAGUAGUACAAAAUCUCCUUCAUUUCCCCCUUCAUUUCAAUUACAUGCAUCAAUUAUGUAGAAAUACUAGUAGAGGAAAUCACACUUAUGAUAUAUGUUGCCUUAGUUACACUCAGCUGUAAAGUCUCUAGAAUACAGAAUCCCACCAUUGUGCCAUGUGAAGCAAUUGGCAGUGGAACAGGAAAUUACAUUCCUCAAUAGACGGUGAAAUAUUUCAGUUUCUGAUCCGUUAUUAAUGAAAUAGAAAGUACAGAUUUCCAUCUUUCUCUCUUUUAUUGAAAAACACGUAAUUCAAUAAAAUUUAAUUACACACACUUUAGAUAUUUAUUACUCAAGUUUUCGUUUGUAAUAAAUAAUUGCAUUAUUUUUUAAUUCUUUUCUUAAGAACUUAAAUAAAAAAUUCUUAUGAGAUUCCUUUGAUUCCUAGGUUGAUAUACAAGUCAGAAUUAUGUAAGUCAGUGGAUUCCUGUAAUGCACAAAGUAUUCAUGCAAAGGACAUCCAAAUUGAGCAGUUAAUGGCAUUAAUGAUGAGGGAUUAAAUAACAUCUAUAGAUGAAACUACCAUGGAGACUGAAGUUGAAUAUGCGUGAAUUGUGUAUUGUACAUCAACAAUUGCUGUCUCUCGAAAUUUUAUGGCCAUUUGUAAUUAAUCCCCACAAUUCCAUAUUUCUGGAGCAUUCACACACCCUGCAGAUCAGUUUCUUAUAUUAUUAUUGUUGUUAUUGUCUGCUUAUCCUCAUCCUUCUUCAUAACUGAACUCAAUAUUUAGUGUUUCAUAUUUUUCUCUUUGGUCUCUCCACCAUACUGCUUAUUCACAUUGAAUCCUUUCAACAGGUACGAAAAUUCAGACAUUCAAGGAACAUAAUAUGAAGGUAUUCAGUAUUCAGUAUUAUUCACAUUGCAUCCUUUCAACAGGUACGAAAAUUCAGACAUUCAAGGAACAUAAUAUGAAGGUAUUCAGUAUUGAUAUAAAGAAAAAAAGUCCAAACUGGAGAAGAAUAUUUUUUGGGUUGGCCGAGUGGACAUGACAGACAGCUUGAAGUAUAUUUGGAAUUGGCCCUGAUAGGGUUACUGUAACUUGUCACAAAGGAGGAAUUACAUACAGGGCAUUAAGAAAUUGAAUCCACAGUAUUCUAUUAGCUUUUGAAAUACUCAGGACAACAGUUUAUUUUAAAGAUGAAACCAAAGUACUAAUUUAUCGCGUUUUGAGACAGUGAAGUUUAUAUGUUCAGUAGGAUUUGUGUCAUUCUUAAGUUACCAGUGCUGUGUUUAAUUUUGAUGGAACAUAGGGAAAUCCAUAUCAUAUAGUGUUCUGUGUGAACAUGCUGGCAAUAUUGCAUUCAAUAAAUAGUGUUUCUUAAUAAAAUGUUUGUUUGGUAGAUAUGCGUUUGAGCAAUCAUUUUGGGAUCUAAAUCAUAUACUGUCUUGUAUCUUGUGAUUAUUUAUGUAUGUGAGUGAGACAGAAAUAUUGUAAAUAGUCAAGUACACACAUUACAUUGUAUAAUAGUCAUUGCCUGUUUGAACUUUGUAAGUGAGAAAUUCACAAUAUUUUAUAAUACUUAGGCAAAUGGGAGAAAAGUGUGAUUUUCUAAGUAAUAAGGAAUAUUAUUUUUUAAUAAUACUGUUAGUGCAUUCACUAUGGUGAUGUGAACACACAACAUGUGAUCUGUAUAAUACACAUUCCAGUUUUAAACAAGAAUUUCUUUCAUUGUAGAUCUGUGUCCACAUUCCAUGCUUAAUGUUUUUAUUUCUGUUUACAAAGUUCUCUUUGCUUAGGAUGCACCAUAACAUGUUCUUAUGUACUUUUAGAAUUCAAGUUAAUUGUACUGAGGCCACAGAAAUAAAUCCCAUACAUGGGAGAGAUUACUACACUUGAGGCUUGUAACUUUCUACUGUUGCAUUAAUCUCUGGCCCCAUCUGGCAUAUGUGAACCAACCCAGAUUACUUGUUGAAAGUGAAGGUCAUUACUGUUAACAUUCUUGUGAACAGAAUGGCUAGAUAACUGGAGACGAAAGUACUAGGCAUGCUGAAGGGGAAGCAUAAUGGCCUCAUGGACAUGUGGAGUGCUUCAAUCCAUGUGAAUUUUUUCUGCAUUCUCAGUACAGGCUAGUAUCUGGGCAUGUGCACAUAUAUGUGUGUGUGUGUGUGCACAUGUGCAUGCAUGUAUGUAAAUAUAAGAAUAAUAGAAACGAAAUUAUCAUAAAUAAAAGCUGCUGGCAAGCAAUGAAAUUUUGGAGUGCUUAUUAUAUAUGGCAGAAUAUAGAUCUCAUGUUCAAUCUGAUGAGAGGAUCAUAAAGUCAGCUCCAGUCUCAUUUCCUUUGUGUGUCAAAAAUUACUUUGCUGUCACAUUCACUGUUGUUUGUAAUUGCACUGCAUUACAUCAGUUCCUUCAUUUGACAAUUAAGUUCUUGAUGUACAUAUAAAAAAUUUCUGAAAUUUAAUUUCAGAUAAAAUUGAUACAAGUCAAAAAUACGGCAUGGAUUUGAAGAUUAUUGACUUUUGGCAUAUUAUGUGAUGUAAUUUGUUAGAUAGUUACCAAUGUUCCUUCUAAACGCUGGAAAGUGUUUAUCAGACUACAUAACAUCAUAUCCCAGAAACAGUAGUCUUCCUAGUCACCACCAUUAGAAUACAAAUCUUACAUUCUCCUGCAUUAAUUUGUAUUUUUUUACAAUCCAGCAGAUAAAAAGAGAUCGAUGAAAAGCACAGAAAGAUGGAAAUUUCUAAUGUAAUCAAUAUUAUAAUAAUAUUUCAGUGUCCACAUGUAUGUUUCAAAGUUUCAGAUUAUAUUAAAGAUUAAA